AUGGCGAUUCUGUUGUGGUUAGCUUCCAUGCAGACCCUACGCUAUGGCGGCAGGAAGAUUCACAUGUCCAAAGAAGCGUUUUUGGAAGAAGACAUUGAAGGUGACACCGAUAGAGAUGGGAUUGAUUCCACGCCAAGAAUUUUCGGAGUGGUUGUGCUGGAUGACGUCCAGGUUUACCAUGACAUGUUGCAGAUUUCUCACUGCGAAAAGCGAAUGGUGCGGUUUUGGGAGGAAAUCAGUGGCAAGAAGAUGCAUGGCAACUCCUACAUCUUCAAAGUCAUUUCUGUUUUUCCUUUGCGAACAACUGCCCUGUUGCAACACUUGAGUGCUAGCUGUUGCCGCUCGUUGAUGGCCCGGCUGGAUGCUGACCAAGGCCCCAGUCUGCGCUGCCAAUUACAAGAUGAAAGGAACGGGGUUGAUUGCUUGGCAGGGAAACCCACGCCCCACGCAGUCUUGAGACUUCCUUUGCCUUUUGUUUCGAAAAUUAUGACUGGGCAAUGGUCGUCAAUUCUUCUGCCCCACUUUCCAAACACAGAACAUGGUGGAUCUGCAGUUCUCUCCAUCAAUUGGCGACUCUGUGGGAUGUCCCGUGAUGAAAUCCCACAACUCCACCAUCAUUUUUUGCAAGACGCAGGAGGCAAAGAUAUGUCUCUGAGCGUUGAAGUUCUGGACAGUGCGAUUGACUACCUCAAAGCUUUUGCUGCCGGACUGGAUACGCCGCCUGAGCCUGAGCCAGCUGCAGAUGAUGGAAUGGACGACGAACUCUUGUUCCAAUCGCAGGAGUUUCAGUCUGUAAGGCGUUGCGUGAUUGUUUUGCAGCGAGUGUUGGAGGGUCUGGAUGCAAGCGCCUUUGUAAGAGCUGCGCGGGACAUGACUGGGAAGGGGAGUGGUCUUUGGAGCGCUACCCGGAGACCAUAUCAAGUGGCGUUUUUGGUGAAAGCGGUUUGUAUGGCUUCAUUGCUCCGUAGUGCCUCUACAAUGCAUGAAGUGCUGCAAUCUGCAGCCAAAAUGCUCCUGCCAGAAGUGAUGCACAAUGCGUUCAAAACGUUUUUGGACACUUGCCAGAACCACAUCCCACAUGCAAGCACCAUCUCCAGGUGGAAAAUGAUAUUGGACGGCAGCUUUAUGCUGUACCAGCGACGAAUGAACGCUGGGGCCUCUGAAGCGGAAAGCCCAAGUGGCUUUGUUCGGUUUGUCAUGGCCGACGCGUCUACUCAGCACAGCCGAGAAUUUGAGCACAUCCUGAUGGCCAGUAUCAAGAAGCAGGACUUGAAGGAACUUUUCUUUCAAAGGGCGCAUCUUCUGGAUUUAUGGUUUGCUGUGGAAGAUGAAGGAACUGACGAGCUGGCUUUGCGAGAUGAGCUGGCGAUCAUUGCGGAGAUGCAGUCGCGCAUUGUGGUCCAUCAUCUUCCUAUCAUGGCUUUGUCUUCUGGCCGGACUAGUUUGCAGGACAAGUUUUGUUGUUUGAUGUUUGCAUUCAUGCUGGAGGCUGGCGAAACAGCCAGCAGUUUGGCAUCAUUUGUGCAUGAGAUUGUGGCAGGGACAUUCGAUCUGGGUGUUGAAUUCUCUUUGGGGCGUAUCAAGCCAACUGCAUUCUCUGUUUUGUUUCCUUGGUACCAUCCGCCUGGAAGCGGUGGUGAAAGUGGAGUCCAAGAUGUUGUUGAUGACUUUGAGUUGCCGGAGUUUCAGUUGGCCUCUGACUUGGCAGAAGAGAACCUUUCCCUUCAGGACAUGCUGUCAAUUCCAGGGCCACUUCACAUUUUGCACAAUGCCACAAACAGUUUGUUGGAUAACUUGCCGUAUUUGAAUGGCGCCGUUGAAAAGCUACAAGUUGUGUGCCGGUUUCUGUCCAACCCUGACAAGAAGCAACGUUUGCUUGCCAGCUGCUUUGAUCGGCCUCUAGCCAGAGCAUUCCACACUGAGAUCAAGCGCUUCGAUGCGAAGGUUCACACAGGCCGUUGGGGCAGAGUUGCUUUUGCCAUUCCAGAAUUGCUAGCCUUGCGGAUUCCUUUGCAAAAGUUUUGGAAUUUUGACGCGUUCAAAAAGCAGGGGCUUUCUCUUGCAAGCAAUAGUGCUGCAGACGAUGCAAGUUUGAAGAUUGAAGUGGUCAAUGACUGCAUUGACUCCACAGAGUUUUGGGCGCAGCUGAUGACGUUGGAGAGCCUGUUCUAUGUGGUGCGGGAGCUUCUCAUAUGGGUUGAGUCUUGCCCUUGUCACCACAACAGAGUUCCACCUGAUGGUUACAAAAUCAAAUGGGACAGCUGCCCUUUGAGAGGCAGACGGCUUCCAGAAAUUGCUUGCGGAGCUUUCUUCGAAGAGCUGAAUAGAUUGUGCUUGAUCAAUUCAGCGGAUUUGUUUCUGAAACUUCCUGAGCAACUGUCAGAAGAGAGCCGGACGCAAUGCGUUCUCGAUUUCGAGCAUGGCCGUGGGCAUUUGACGUUUCAGCUGACGCUCAAGAUGUCAUGUUUUUUGGAGCCUCCGCUUCUUCUUUUUGGUUUGAGCCAGCACAACCCUUCAAAUCCAAAAGAGCAGAAAGAUGUCCUUCACAAAUGCUUGAAAUCGGAGUGCCAGCAUCCCCAGAUUGUUAAGCUGCAGGAGCCCGGUCCUCUCCGUCAAGAAGCAGAACUUUUUUUGGCUGGGGAGGAGCUUGCCUUAUUGGAAGAUCUAACUGAGUUUAUCGCCCAAUUCUGCUUUGCUUGGGGCACUGAGCGUCGAGUGGAAGGUGGCCACGCCAAGGUUCACAUCACAACCGGAAAUCGAAGAAACAGGCAUGAAGCUACCGAUUCCCUGGCCUUGCGGUUGUCUGAAAUCAAGAGGGUUUUGUCAGGAGAUGAUGUGGCUUCAUUCUUGGACUGUGUGCAAGUGGCCAGAACUCCCAGGAACUUGUUGACUCAACUUGGGCUUGCAAGACACCCGUCAUGCAGGUUUGCAAAGAGUCCAUGGGACCCAAUUUUCAGAAAGACUUUGUACCACGCAGACCCUUUUGCAUUGUAUGGGGAUAGCUUGCCACCGUUGACAAGCGCUCCACAAAGUGUUGUUCGCUCUGCAGCCAAGCUAGCUUUGCCAGCGCCUGAACCACCAGGCGGCAAAGACCUUGCUCCAGAAGUGUCAGAUAUGCUGCGCUCAGCUGCUAUGCGCUACUUGCGCUCUCAGUUGGAGCAGCUGUGCAAAGACAAAGACCAGAGGUGCAUAUUUUCUUGUGACUUGCCCAGUGCCGCUUUGAGACUUCUGCCGCAUUUCCUCGCCCCAUCGCAGGCCAUUGCAAACCUAGGCGAUGGAAGAAACGAGUCUUGCACAGACCUUGUGCCUGUGGCCACCGUGGCUGACCUCAUUGUGGCUGAAGUUUCUUCGAGCAGCAAGGUCUUUUUUCAAGUAGUGUCAUUGCGCCCUUCAAGAGCACAUUUGGCUGCCUCAGCAGAGUUUACUGCAGAUGACAUCGGUGUUAUGCUUUUGAAGUGUGAGCCUGAAGGCACUGAUUCUUAUCGUGUUCAAACCACUGGUUUCCGAUUGCUGUCGCCUGUGGUUGGGACUUGUGGUUUGCAAGCGCAGCCUCUUGUUCUAUCGCUCUCUUCCUUGAACCUGGGUCAGCUUUGCUCUUGCGCGGUGUGGGAGCGGCCUACAUCGCUUGAUGCUGGCACGGGCUCUGAGAAGUUUGCCCAAGCAAACCCUUACAUGAUCGACGCUCCAAAGGUCUAUUGGGUUUCAUUAGCAGAGGCUGAUGAGCCUCACACAGCUCGCUUGGGGGCAUAUCUUUGGGCAUUACUGAAAGCAGGUGACCAUCAGUCUUCUGUUCCACAUUUUGCUGAUCUUCAAGUAUAUUUGCGAAUCCUCGGGGAUGAAGCUGCCUUGCGGAAGUUGGAGGACCAACAAAAGAAAAGGCAAACAAAACGCCAGAAACAUGUUGUUGCACUUGCAGACAUGGAUGACUGGGAGGUUCCUGUUCCUGAAAGGAAAAAGAGGAAAACGCAACCCAAGAGGAGAGUGAAACCAGCUUCUGAGCCGAUUUGUGACAAACCUUCUUUUGCAGAAACAGCAGGCGCAGAACCAUUGGCCGAUGCUGCCAGCCACCAAGUAGAAACAGAAGCAGUGGACGCGCCUGAACCCCAUCACUUUGAUGCAGAGUCAGAGGAGUCAUGUGGUAGCUCCGAGUCUGAAGAUUUACUCAACCUUCUUGACCCUGUUGCUAUCACGCGCGACUUCACCAACCGCAUCGAGUAUGGCAUGCACCAUUUGACACCCCGUUUCAAACGCGACAGAACCAUUCAGUCCUAUCAAAUGAGCUGCCACCUGCCUCAGCACAAUGUCGGUGACCAGAGGUGCUCUAGAGAGCUUACUGUGACUGUCACGGGAUCAGAAGAGAGCACCAGACGCAUUCUUAAAGCUUGGGUGUUGCUUGGGCAUGGCUUGCCAACGCGGGAGCAACACAUGGAUGCUGGAAGCCGCCAACAACUUCUCACUUCUUUGAAAGAUGGGACUUUGCUGUCAGAGAGUGAGUUAGACAAGAUCUCAGCUGCUUCAGAGAAGUCUGCCGUGGUUGCCCCACUGCAGCCCAAACCUUCUGGAGACAGUCCUCCGCCAACCAAUGCCAAAACUUUACUCGGAAAGCGUGAUGGGUGUGUUCCAGAGGACGCCCAUAACCGCAUGUUGGAUUUGGCAGCUCGCGGUGCAAUUCCGAUUACAACAUUGAGCCAGCGCCAACGAAACCGUUUGACAAGUGGCACAGAAUAUGGUGUCCCACCAGAGCUCAAAGAAGCUUUGACUUACGGUUACCUGCACCCAAACCUUGCACCACCUCAAGGGUUCCGGUGGGGGUACCAGGGUGGAAAGUGGAUGCUGCGAAUCCAUGGUGGCUAAACGUGCUUGAGUAACUGGGGAAACCCCAUUGCACCUUCCCAACGGCGUACUCACUUUAAUCCUUCUAUCCUUCAAAUUUCGGUUGUAUGUUAUGUAAAUGUAAACCUUGAAGAGCUUACUCAAGCAUAGGAGCUGUCAACAUGCCGCCUGUGUGGUCCAACGGUCCAACUACAAGCAAAACUGCUCUCGGAAAACAAA